AUGCUGAUCGAAUGCUUCUGGAUUUCAGGUCGUGCCGUUGCACGUAUCCCCCGUGUCUCUGGUGGUGGUACUCACCGUGCUGGUCAGGCCGCCUUCGGUAACAUGUGUCGAUCUGGACGAAUGUUUGCUCCUACCAAGGUCUGGCGCAAGUGGCAUCAGAAGGUCAAUGUUGGCCAAAGACGAUUUGCUACUGCCUCCGCCCUCGCUGCCUCUUCCGUCCCAGCUCUUCUCUUCGCUCGUGGUCACCGUGUUGAGAACGUCCCUGAGGUUCCCCUUGUUGUCGACUCCAAGUGCUUCCAGGGUGACGCUCUCACCAAGACCAAGGCUGCCGUUUCCCUUCUCCAGGCCGUCGGUGCUGGUGCUGACCUCGUCAAGGUCAAGGAGUCCCGCAAAGUCCGUGCCGGUAAGGGUAAGUUGAGAGGCCGCCGAUACCGCCAGCGCCGUGGACCUCUCGUCAUCUACAACCCAGAGGUCGAUGGCAAAGAGCUUGUUAGAGCUUUCCGCAACAUUCCCGGUGUUGAGACCUCCUCCGUUUUCUCCCUCAAUCUUCUCCAGCUCGCCCCAGGCGGUCACCUUGGACGUUUCAUUGUCUGGUCCUCUGCUGCCUUCAGCGCUCUUGAUGAGAUCUAUGGCACUACCACCACCGCCUCUGCCCUCAAGAAAGACUUCCUUCUCCCCUCCAACAUUGUCUCCAACUCCGAUGUCACCCGCCUUAUCAACUCCUCUGAAAUACAGUCCGUUCUCAGAGAGCCCAAGGGCGAGGCCAAGACCAAGAGAGGAUGUGUCCAGAAGAAGAACCCACUCAGAAACAAGCAGGCUCUUCUCAGACUCAACCCAUACGCUGCUGCUUUCUCGAAACAGAAGCUGGGCCAAACUGGUAUCGAGACCGAUAAGGCACCUGAGCGUGCUCCUGAAAGCUUCCAUGAGCUCCUGAACGAGGCAUAG